AUGGCGAAUUCCAACACCACCUCAAAGCUUCGAGUAGUUAUUAUCGGAGCUGGUCCUGCUGGACUCGGAGCUGCCAUUGAAUUUGCAAAACUUCCUUUUGUAGAUCUAAAGAUCUAUGAGCAAGCUCGUGAACUACGUGAAGUCGGCACUGGUAUUAGUCUGCAGAGAAAUACAUGGCGACUAUUAGAUGCGUUUGGUGUGCUAGAAAACAUUGACCCAAGCGACUUCUUUCGAUCGGCGGAUGGACACUCUGUGCAACAUAGAAAUGGGCGGACUGGGGAGCUGCUUCUUUCCAAUGGACAAAAGGACACGCCUCCGCGACACAAACACGCACGAGCUCUACGAACUGUACUCCAACGAGGCUUACUAGAUGGGGUAGAUGCCUCCCUCUUGAGGCUCUCGAGUCGACUCGUAGAGAUUGUUGAACUCCCUAAUGGAACGCUGUCGCUCCGAUUCGAAGAUGGCCACACUGAUGAGGCCGACCUGCUUGUGGGCGCAGAUGGUGUUCGGUCGGUAGGAAACAUCAUAUCUCCCUCCAUUAUGCGAUAUUUCAAACUAAUCUUCUUCGAGGUCGCCCGGAGCUUUGCGUUCCCCGAUCAUCGCAUCGGCUACACAGGCCGUACAGCUUACCGAGCCCUGGUGGAUGCUGACAAGCUCCUUCGCAUUCCCAACUUCCCAGACGCAGUGACAUUUUGGCAUGGCCCCAAGGACUGGGUUUAUACUUGCAACCUCAACAAUAAUAUUUACGAGGUAACAACAAUGGCUGAGGUCUCUGGGGAAAUUGCAAAGGUGAGCUGGGGUGAGGAUGCAACUUUGGAAGAGUUCCGAAAGCCAUACAAGGAAUUUGCGCCUAUUGUACAGGCAGUUCUAGACGAAGUGAAGGAAGUCAAGAGGUUUGCCUUAUUUGCUGGACCACGACUCUCCACUGUGAUCUCCCGUGGAUCCAUUGCGUUGAUCGGAGAUGCUUCACAUCCGCUAUCUGGUGCUUUUGGUGCUGGAGCUGGCUUUGCGCUGGAAGAUGUUUUUGUACUUACGCAGAGUGUGAAAUGGGCAUACGAGAGGGAUCUUCCCGUGGGCCAGGGAUUACAGCUUUUUGACAAUGUCCGAUCGCCGCACUAUGAACAGCUAUAUGGUAUCCUGGAUGAGUUUGCCAAAUCCGACGCCGCAAUCGAAGUACCCGUUCCAUUCGACGAUGCGGUGGCAAGGACCGUAUCUGAUAAAUGGAGCGAAGACCACCACUGGUUGUAUCACUACGAUAUCCAAGAGGUAUGGAAGAAAGCUUACAAGGCAGAGGACGCCCGUGCCCAGGAUAAUGCAGAGAAAUUGAGCUCUCGCCUUUGA